AUGCGUCGACAGCUCCUCGUACAGUGUCCGAACGGACGUAUAGUCUCCACGAAUGUGUUGGCGACGGACUCCCUCGCGGUUGUCCUGUCGCGAGUCACCGGUCUUGACGCCGACGCCGUCUACGGCACCGUGGCUGGUGGCCGACCAGUAGCGACGCUACGCGACGCGCUGGUAAACUUCACGGAUCCAGAGGCGCCCAUCGUGAUUCAAGCUCAUGUGCGGGUGCUUGGCGGUGGAAAGAAACGGAAGAAGAAGACAUACACUACGCCGAAGAAGAUCAAACACAAGCACAAGAAAGUGAAACUCGCUACACUGAAAUAUUACGCAGUGGACGAUGCGAACAAGGUGACCCGGCUGCGGAAAGAAUGCCCAAACGAGAGCUGUGGGGCAGGCGUUUUUAUGGCUCAACAUCGGGACCGCAUCUACUGUGGAAAAUGCGGACUUACCUACGUCCAGGAGGACAACGCGUAA